AUGCAACUUUUUUCCGAUGGCACAAUCCACUGGUCGUCGUCAAAAGGUGUCGAUAAAUCAAAGGACACCACGCAGUACUUCUACCAACCACGACCUGUAGAUGUGGAGACGACCGGCUACGUGCUGCUCAACUACAUGCUGGAUGGUGACACUGAAAAGGGUCUUCCACUUGUGCGUUGGCUGACAGGCCAACGAAACGCAUAUGGAGGCUUCUCGUCAACCCAGGACACUGUGAUCGCUUUACAAGCGUUGGGAAGUUAUGCAGAACAUGCAUAUUCGGCUGACUCGAAUGUUACGGUUACGGUGACGAAUGGUGCCGAUAGUCAGACAUUUGGAGUGACACCAUCAAACGCCAUCGUUCUUCAGAGCUAUGAACUGCCCAAUAUCGAAUCCAAUGUGGAUAUCAAAGCAUCAGGAAAGGGAACAGUCUUUGCUCAGGUUUCCUACUCCUACUAUCGGAAUGCUGUUCGAGAUGAUUCCCCAUUCUUCUGCUCGAAAGAUCUCAAAGAACUGCGUGGUGGCAACAGAAUGCAGCUUGAUUUAUGUUGCAAGUAUGUUUGA